UGCAGCCGUAGUGGGCGGUGAGUGAGAGAGCAGUUUGAACCGCGGCCGUGCCGAGGCGGAAACAUUGAAGCCGGACAAAUCGUUUACAAGGCAGUGGUGGAAAUAACCAGUGUGAAUCCCACCUGUAAACACGGUGUCUUUAGUGGUAAAGCCGUGUCUAGAAGGAGGGGACGGCUGGUUGGUCUGUGUGCCGACUCCGUGUGCGUAAAGCCGGCGUCGCGUAGAGAAUCACUCCCUCCUCCGGAGCUAACCGCUAGUUAGCCACCGAGCUAACCGUCCAGCUAGCUGUGCUAAUCCCCAACACAAAGGACGACUUUGCCCGUGUUUGUCGUAUCGAUCUCGAAUCACCCCGUUGAAUGAGGACGGAGCCACCUGUACAGGGUGAUCAUGGUGCUGACUGGGAAGCGUUCGGAAAAGGGUCCUGCCUGCUGGAAGAGGAGAGUGAAGUCUGAGUACAUGAGGCUUCGGCAGCUCAAACGCUUCAGACGGGCCGACGAGGUCAAGAGCAUGUUCAACACCAACCGUCAGAAAAUCAUGGAGCGGACCGACAUUUUGAACCAGGAAUGGAAGACCAGGAGAAUCCAGCCUGUUCACAUCAUGACGUCUGUCGGCUCCCUAAGAGGAACCCGAGAGUGCACGGUGGACAGCGGCUUCUCCGAGUUCCCGAGGCAGGUGAUCCCCCUGAAGACCCUCAACGCUGUGGCCUCAGUCCCGGUCAUGUACUCCUGGUCACCGCUGCAGCAAAACUUCAUGGUGGAGGAUGAAACGGUGCUCCAUAACAUCCCCUACAUGGGAGACGAGAUCCUGGACCAGGACGGCACUUUCAUAGAAGAGCUCAUCAAGAACUAUGACGGCAAAGUCCACGGAGACAGAGAGUGCGGCUUCAUCAACGACGAGAUCUUUGUGGAGUUGGUCAGCGCUCUGGCACAGUACAGCGACAACGAGGACGAUGAGGAGGAGGAAGAACAGGACUUCAAGGUGGACAAGAUGGAGCUGUGCGACGGCAAAGAGCACCCAGAGGACCCCCGCAAGGAUGGCCUCAUCAACAACGAGAGUCGAACCAGCAACGACAGCACCAAGAAGUUUCCUUCUGACAAAAUCUUUGAAGCCAUCUCCUCCAUGUUCCCCGACAAGGGCUCCACUGAGGAGCUGAAAGAGAAGUACAAGGAGCUGACGGAGCAGCAGCUGCCGGGCGCGCUGCCCCCCGAAUGCACGCCGAACAUCGACGGCCCCAACGCUCGCUCCGUGCAGCGAGAGCAGAGCCUGCACUCCUUCCACACACUGUUCUGCAGACGCUGCUUCAAAUACGACUGCUUCCUCCACCCUUUCCAUGCAACUCCAAACACGUAUAAGCGCAAGAACUUGGAGAACCUGGUGGACAGUAAACCCUGCGGCAUCGACUGCUACAUGUACCUGGUGCAGGAUGGGAUGGUGAGGGAAUACCCUGCAGGUGUAGUUGCAGAGCGAGCCAAGACGCCCUCCAAGCGCAUGGUGGGCCGCCGCCGCGGACGACUGCCGAACAGCAACAGCCGGCCCAGCACGCCAACCGUUUCCUCGGAAACCAAAGACACAGACAGCGACCGCGAGGGCAGCAAAGACGACGAGCGGGACAACGACAAAGACGAUGACGACAAGAAGGACGACAACACCAGCAGCUCGGAGGGAAACUCGCGCUGCCAGACUCCAGUGAAGAUGAAGCUGACUGGUGAAGCCGAGGCGGUGGACUGGAGCGGAGCCGAGGCCUCUCUGUUCAGGGUUCUCAUCGGGACGUACUACGACAACUACUGCGCCAUCGCACGGCUCAUAGGCACCAAGACCUGCAGACAGGUUUACGAGUUCAGGGUCAAGGAGUCGAGCAUCAUCGCUCGCGCUCCCACUGAAGACGAGGACACGCCACCGAGGAAGAAGAAGAGGAAACACAGACUGUGGGCCACUCACUGCAGGAAGAUCCAGCUGAAGAAAGACGGCUCGUCCAAUCACGUGUAUAACUACCAGCCAUGUGACCACCCGCGGCAGCCCUGCGACUCCUCCUGUCCCUGCGUCACCGCUCAAAACUUCUGUGAGAAAUUUUGCCAGUGCAGCUCUGAGUGUCAGAACCGGUUCCCAGGUUGUCGGUGCAAAGCCCAGUGCAACACCAAGCAGUGUCCCUGCUACCUGGCGGUCAGGGAGUGUGACCCCGACCUCUGCCUCACCUGCGGCGCCGCAGAACACUGGGACAGCAAGAACGUCUCCUGCAAGAACUGCUCCAUCCAGAGAGGAGCCAAGAAGCACCUGCUGCUGGCCCCGUCAGACGUGGCGGGAUGGGGCAUCUUCAUCAAAGAGCCGGUCCAGAAGAACGAGUUCAUCUCUGAAUACUGUGGAGAGAUUAUCUCUCAGGAUGAAGCAGACCGCAGAGGGAAAGUCUACGAUAAAUACAUGUGCAGCUUCCUCUUCAACCUCAACAACGACUUUGUUGUUGAUGCCACAAGGAAAGGCAACAAGAUCCGCUUCGCUAACCAUUCUGUCAAUCCUAACUGCUAUGCAAAAGUGAUGAUGGUGAACGGGGAUCACAGGAUCGGGAUCUUCGCCAAGAGAGCCAUCCAGACCGGAGAGGAACUGUUCUUUGACUACAGGUACAGUCAGGCUGACGCUCUGAAGUACGUUGGGAUCGAGCGGGAGAUGGAGAUCGCCUGAUUCUGAUUCUACCUCCUGUGGAUCAACGACACAAAGGCCUUACACACCGACACAAACAAACAAACAAACAAACAAACACACCUUCACUUCAGGAAAUCCAGACGACUUGUCAAAAUGCUAGAAAGCUUCAGGAAUACUGGGAAUAUUUGAACACGUUGAAGCAGAAUUUUGUUGCUGUCUUUUUGCCGAAAUGGUCUUUUUAAAAAAAAAAAAAAAAAAACAACAAAAAAAACUUUUCA